CUCCAGGAGGACCUGCAGGAGGACGCGGACGGAUAGACAACUAGACAUACCUGUAGAAAAAGGAGAGGGAGCAUCCUUGAGUCUUUCAUGGCUUGAAUGUAAGAGUUGAUGUAAGAAUCUCUUGUGAUCCUUUAUAUCACUCCAGAAACAUUAAAGAUAGUCUUACUUAUGCUGCUUCAGACAGGCAAGGGUACUUUUUAGUUUCAGAGUGUUAUAAGGAAUAUUUCUGAUGUCUCUGAUAGUUGGUGUGGAUGACUACAGCUCAGAGUCUGAUGUGAUUAUUAUACCUUCAGCCCUGGACUUUGUCUCACAAGAUGAAAUGUUGACGCCACUGGGGAGACUGGACAAGUAUGCUGCAAGUGAGAACGUGUUUAACAGACAAAUGGUGGCCCGGAGUUUGCUGGACACAUUGAGGGAAGUCUGCGAUGAUGAAAGAGAUUGCAUUGCUGUUUUGGAAAGAAUUAGCAGAUUAGCUGACGAUUCAGAACCGACGGUGAGAGCAGAGCUGAUGGAACAGGUGCCUCAUAUUGCAUUGUUUUGUCAAGAAAACCGGCCUUCAAUCCCAUAUGCUUUUUCCAAAUACUUACUGCCUAUUGUGGUUAGAUAUCUUGCAGAUCAGAAUAAUCAGGUAAGAAAAACAAGUCAGGCAGCUUUGCUGGCUCUGCUGGAGCAGGAGUUAAUUGAGCGAUUUGAUGUGGAGACCAAAGUGUGCCCCGUCCUCAUAGAGCUAACUGCCCCAGAUAGCAACGAUGAUGUGAAAACAGAAGCUGUGGCUAUAAUGUGCAAAAUGGCUCCCAUGGUUGGGAAGGACAUUACAGAGCGUCUUAUCCUCCCUAGGUUUUGUGAGAUGUGCUGUGAUUGCAGAAUGUUUCAUGUUCGAAAGGUCUGUGCUGCCAAUUUUGGAGACAUCUGCAGUGUAGUUGGCCAGCAAGCUACUGAGGAGAUGUUGCUGCCCAGGUUUUUCCAGCUUUGUUCUGAUAACGUGUGGGGAGUCCGGAAGGCCUGUGCCGAAUGCUUCAUGGCGGUUUCCUGUGCGACAUGUCAAGAAAUCCGACGGACUAAACUGUCAGCACUGUUUAUUAAUUUGAUCAGUGAUCCUUCACGUUGGGUUCGCCAAGCGGCUUUUCAGUCUCUGGGACCUUUCAUAUCUACUUUUGCUAAUCCAUCUAGCUCAGGCCAGUAUUUUAAAGAAGAAAGCAAAAGCUCAGAAGAUACAUCAGUAGAAGACAAAAAUAGGAUCAAAGAUCAAGAAGUUCCAGAGGAUGUACAGAUCAGGCCAGAGGAUGUUUCUUCAGAUCCCAGUAUUAGUAAUUCCAGUGUCAAACUGGAAAACAUGGUGGAAGAUCAUGCUGAAACAUCUAGGAAAUCUCCAGGUGAAAUAAGUGUCCCAAUGGACAGCUCUUUACUUUGUACUUUGUCCUCAGAAUCUCAUCAGGAAGCAGCUAGUAAUGAGAAUGAUAAAAAACCUGCUAACUACAAAUCUGCAUUACGGCCAGAGAGUGGCGCCAGUUCACCAGAUUCAGCUCUCUUAGAUCAGGAAUUGUACAACUCCUUCCAUUUCUGGAGGACUCCUCUUCCUGAAAUAGAUCUAGACAUAGAGCUUGAGCAGGGCUGUGGGAAUACUCUCAGCCCAGAGAGACCAGAAGAAACCUCUGAAGUCACCACACCAGGUUCUUCAAAUAUCACUAUGGCCACCAGAAAGGAACUUGAAGAAAUGAUAGAAAACCUAGAGCCGCACAUUGAUGAUCCAGACGUUAAAGCGCAAGUGGACGUGCUGUCCGCCGCGCUGCGCGCUUCCAGCCUGGACGUUCGCGAGGAGGCCAGCGACGCAGAAAGGAGAAGCGAUGCGCAGGACGGGCUGGGUGUGAACGAGCCGCCAAACUGUAAAAUAAAUCACGACGCCUCCGUGCCUUUAAUCCGCGAUGCUGUUGAGAAUAUGGAGUCAACGCUUUGCUAUAUUCAUAAUGAUUCAGACUUGAGCACCAACAGUAGUUUUAGCCCCGAUGAGGAGAGGAGAUCCAAAGUGCAAGAUGUUGUGCCUCAGGCUCUGUUAGAUCAGUAUUUAUCUAUGACGGACCCGUCUCGUGCACAGACAGUCGACACUGAGAUCGCGAAGCACUGUGCGUACAGCCUUCCCGGCGUGGCCCUGACCCUGGGCAGGCAGAACUGGCACUGCCUGAGAGAGACCUAUGAGACGCUGGCGUCAGACAUGCAGUGGAAGGUUCGAAGAACAUUAGCCUUCUCCAUCCACGAGCUUGCAGUUAUUCUCGGAGACCAGCUGACAGCUGCAGAUCUCGUUCCGAUCUUCAAUGGAUUUUUGAAAGACCUCGACGAAGUCAGGAUAGGUGUUCUUAAACAUUUGCAUGAUUUUCUGAAGCUUCUUCAUAUUGACAAAAGAAGAGAGUAUCUUUAUCAGCUUCAGGAGUUUUUGGUGACAGAUAAUAGUAGAAAUUGGCGCUUUCGAGCUGAACUGGCUGAACAGCUGAUUUUACUUCUAGAAUUAUAUAGUCCCAGAGAUGUUUAUGACUAUUUACGUCCCAUUGCUCUGAAUCUAUGUGCAGAUAAAGUUUCUUCUGUUCGUUGGAUUUCCUACAAGUUGGUCAGCGAGAUGGUGAAGAAGCUGCACAUGGCCACGCCCCCCACGUUCGGAGUGGACCUCAUCAAUGAGCUUGUGGAGAAUUUUGGUAGAUGUCCCAAGUGGUCUGGUCGGCAAGCCUUUGUCUUUGUCUGCCAGACCGUCAUUGAGGACGACUGCCUUCCCAUGGAGCAGUUCGCCGUGCAUCUGAUGCCGCAUCUGCUGACCUUGGCGAAUGACAGGGUUCCCAACGUUCGAGUGCUGCUCGCCAAGACACUAAGACAGACUCUGCUGGAGAAAGAAUAUUUCUUAACCUCUGCCAGCUGUCAUCAGGAAGCCGUGGAACAGACCAUCAUGGCUCUUCAGAUGGAUCGGGACAGUGACGUCAAGUAUUUUGCAAGCAUCCACCCCGCCAGCACCAAAGUCUCGGACGAUGCCAUGAGCACAGCUUCCUCGACCUACUAGAGCGCUGGAACCUCACUGUCCUUCUGCUUCCUUGGGAACCAGGGGCUGACAAGUGCUCCACGAGAGUCAUCUGGGACAGCCUUCGGGAGGAGGAGAGACCUUCCUCUCGCGCAGACUCCAUUGCAGGUGCAAGUUGCCUACACUGAUACCAGGGAUUUUAAGAGUCAAGAGAAAGUACAGUAAACACUAUUAUCUUAUCUUGACUAUAAGGGAAAAUAAUUUCUCAGAGGAUUAUAAUUGUCACCGAAGCCUUAAAUCCUUCCGUCUUCCUGAACGAAACUUGAAUUGGCAGAGCAUUUUCUUUAUGGAAGGGAGGAGAUUCCCAGAGACCUGCAUUGCUUUCUCCUGGUUUUCUUUAACCACAGAUAGAUGGAGUGGCAGCCAGAAGGUGGCUGUGAGCCAGGAUGUAAAGAGACCUUCAGUAUUAGCCCGCACUGUCCCCACGCAGGCAAGGACCUGUUGGUUCUGUGGCCAGCUGCCCAGCCCCGCCCUAAGUGUGAAUAGUUUUUGGCGUGUGUAAAUGCAAAAGGAGAUGGGGAGGGGGGUUCUCCUAAGGGCUUGAUGCUAACACUACAGUAGAAUCUGAUUUUAAUUCUUAAAUGCAGCAUAUUGCUGUGCACAUUUACAGAACGUUGGCUGAGAUCUGUGUCCUGAUUUUCUUCAUGCUGGUCAUGACCUGAAGGAGUUUAUUGGCACGUGUGCUGUAUGUGAGGUGUUUUUAACUUGAUCAUGAUCGGCUCUGAGGUGCAGCUUUCCUUCCCACACUGUACAUACCUGUGGCCACUCUCGGGAGUGCUGCGGUCUUUAAUCAUGCUGUUUAAACUGUUGUGGCACAAGUUCUCUUGUCCGAAUAAAAUUUAUUAAUAAGA